AUGAAAAUAUUUGAAAAUAUAUCUAUGACAGCUACAUUAGCACUCCCGUUUAUGGGUCUUUUAACUAAUGGACUACCAACCACACAAAACAACUUAAACAAUCCAGGCCAGCAGCCCGCGCUUUUACAUAAGCCUGGAACAAUUGAGAAUAGCCCGAUAGGCUCUAGCAAUAUGUACAGUGCAGCCAGUAGAAAUUUAAGAGAUGACCAGCAAAAUAUAAAUCUUGAGCACCCUGCACCGAACACGCCAAUAAAUAACCCAGAUACCUAUGCUAGCAGUCAAAAUAGUCUUUCUAAAACUACUUUUGAAAAAAAUCCGAUAAAUAGCCCAACUAGCCAUAAAUCUAGUAUACAGAAUAGUAAAUCUACUAAUAUAUGGAAUUACUCACUAGGUUCAUAUAUACAAUCCGAAAACUUUCUUUAUAGUAUUAUGAAUAUAAUAUAUGGCAAACCAGAAAUAAAAAAUACAAUUACGCUACAAAAUAUUAAAAAAGAAAUAGUAGACGCUAAGCAUAUGAUUUCGGAGUUUAAAAAUAAAGUUAUAAUCGGAAGAAGUAAACUUAUGGCAGCCAAGUUGGAUGAAAAUACAAGCACCCUCAAGGGAGUCUAUAAUCAUUUUAAAAAUAAUUUUAUCCGGCCAAUAACAGAGAUAAUUAAAUAUUAUUCAAAUGAAAUAGAUAAUGGCUACUAUGCUAUAGAGAAUCUAAAUGUAGAAAAAGAUUUUGUAGACUAUUUAUCAGAGCAUUAUAAACCAGCCUCCUUAGCUAACAAACAAAUAGAAUAUAAUAAAAUACUGGAAAUGUUCCCGCAAGACAUAGAAAAAAUGCGAUAUACAAAAGGAAUUAUAUUAAAUAUGGGAGAAUUAAUUUCAAAUACUGCUAUUAUUUUAAAAGAAAUUGGCAGUACUAUGAGUAUAAAUGAAGAUCAUAACAGCCCUUUAAAUACUAAUAUUGAUAGCCUUUUAGAGAAAUCGGCAAACUUAUUAAAUAGUUUACAGUCAUUUGAUCCUAAUAAUUUAGACACCUGUAUUAACAGUCAUAAAAAAUUAAUAAGUGACUUUAAAGCAAUAAGUAAUAUAUAUAUAAAUAUAGUAAGCGAUCUAUCAUCAGAUAUAGAUAAUUAUUUACAUAAAAUGGCUAAAGAAAUAGUUAACUCAGAAAAUUAUGAUGAAAUUUUUAAUGAUAUAUCCAAAAAAUGUGUUAAUUCUUUAAAUUCAUUAGAGGAGUCUCUUCAAACUGCCAUGGAACAAAGUGUAGUGAGUUUAAAUAGAAUUAAUGAGCUAACCAGGAAUCAAAAUAGCCCAUACAAUAUUUUUGAAAAUAAUCCAAAAAUAGUAAAUACAAACGACAUAAUAGCAGACUUACAGAAGAAUUAUAACAAUAUAGCCAAUAGGGAUCUGGUAAUAACUCCCGCUAAUCCUAGUAGUUCGUCUGCAAGUUCAAAUAGCGAAGAUCCAGCAGAUUCAAAAAAAAACGAAACUGCUAUUCCAGAAAAUCCUGCCCCAGAAGAUCCCAGCUCUAAUUCACCUGCUGCGGCCAAUCCAGAAGAUUCACCAGCAGAAGGCAAUAACAGCGAAACAGCACCUCAAAAUGUAGCGGAUGGCUCAGGGGAUGAUGAAAAUGAGGGGUCUACACACACUACACCCGAAGAAAAUAAUAAUGAAACAGCACCACAAAAUCCAACAGAAGACAAUAACAGCGAAACAGCACCACAAAAACCAGAAGAAGACAAUAACAACGAAACAGCACCACAAAAACCAGAAGAAGGCAAUAACAGCGAAACAACACCACAAAAUCCAACAGAUGGCUCAGGAGAUAAUGAAAAUGAGGGGUCUACACACACUACACCCGAAGACAAUAACAGCGAAACAGCACCACAAAAUCCAACAGAUGGCUCAGGAGAUAAUGAAAAUGAGGGGUCUACACACACUAAGCCUGAAGACAAUAACAGCGAAACAGUACCACAAAAACCAACAGAUGGCUCAGGAGAUAAUGAAAAUGAGGGGUCUACACACACUAAGCCUGAAGGCAAUAACAGCGAAACAGCACCACAAAAUCCAACAGAAGACAAUAACAGCGAAACAGCACCUCAAAAACCAGCAGAAGGCAAUAAUAGCGAAACAGCACCUCAAAAUGUAGCGGAUGGCUCAGGGGAUGAUGAAAAUGAGGUGUCUACACACACUAUACCCGAAGACAAUAACAGCGAAACAGUACCUCAAAAACCAACAGAAGACAAUAACAACGAAACAGUACCUCAAAAUGUAACGGAUGGCUCAGGCGAUAAUGAAAAUGAGGGGUCUACACACACUAUAUCCGAAGAAAAUAAUAAUGAAACAGCAUCUCAAAACCCAGCAGAAGACAAUAACAGCGAAACAGCACCACAAAAUCCAACGGAUGGCUCAGGGGAUGAUGAAAAUGAGGGGUCUACACACACUACACCUGAAGACAAUAACAACGAAACAGCAUCUCAAAACCCAGCAGAAGACAAUAACAACGAAACAGCAUCUCAAAACCCAGCAGAAGACAAUAACAGCGAAACAGUACCACAAAAUCCAACAGAAGACAAUAACAGCGAAACAGCGCCUCAAAAACCAGAAGAAGGCAAUAAUAAUGAAACAGCACCUCAAAACCCAGCAGAAGGGAAUAACAGCGAAACAGUACCACAAAAUGCAACAGAUGGCUCAGGGGAUGAUGAAAAUGAGGGGUCUACACACACUACACCUGAAGACAAUAACAGCGAAACAGUACCUCAAAAACCAACAGAAGACAAUAACAACGAAACAGCAUCUCAAAACCCAGCAGAAGACAAUAACAACGAAACAGCACCUCAAAACCCAGCAGAAGACAAUAACAGCGAAACAGCGCCACAAAAUGUAACGGAUGGCUCAGGGGAUGAUGAAAAUGAGGGGUCUACACACACUAAGCCUGAAGACAAUAACAGCGAAACAGCACCUCAAAAACCAGCAGAAGGUACUAACAGCGAAACAGCACCUCAAAAUGUAACGGAUGGCUCUGGAGAUAAUGAAAAUAAUGAUAAAAGUCAUGAUAAUACACAAAAAACUCCAAUCAAAACUCCUGAAGAAUCAGCCACAAAAAAAACUGAACAAGAAAAUAACUAUGCGAUUGAUAUCUCAGAAGAAAAGCCCGCACUCCCACCCGCUUCUACUAAACCAGAACUAAAAGACACUUCAAAAACACCCAUACAAUCUCCUACUUUGGCUAUUAAUAAUCAAGAAGAAAGCAAUACACGCGGCGCACCUGCAAAAAUACACGAAAAUAAACCUUCCACUCAAGAAGACAGUAAUAAGCAGCCGCCCGCCACAGCCACUUCAGGCUCUUCUACAUCGCAGAAAAACAAAGUGCCCUCCCAAACACCUGCAAUCUCUUCAAAUGAAGAUACUCUGAAAAAAGCCAGCAGUGCAGAUCCUGCUAUACCAGAAAAAACGCUUACUAUACAAAAGAAUACUCUGCCAACACCUGCUCUAAAUCCUUCUUUAAAUGAAAAUAAGCACGAAAGCGGCAGCUCUCAAGAAGCCCGCACCACUUCUAAAUCAUCGGAGGCACCCACUAAACCAAAAGAUGCUCCUACUAUGGCACCAGAAAAAGCACCAACACCCGCCACUACAGAGGCAACAAGAACAUCAGCACGCCCUCCUUUCACUAAUUCAAAUGAAAGUAAGCCUACUGCCCCUGCUGAAACCCCACCAAUUGCAAUAAGUGCAGAUUCUCCGAAUAAUAAAACUGUGCUAUCCAAAACAUCUGAUGGCAAAACACAACUGAACCGCAAAACAGAAGACUCUCCUAAGGGAAAACCAACAAACAAGCCCCAGAAAGAAGAUUUUAGCACCAAGUUCAUGCCCGAAACUCCCAAAAUAACUGAAGAUAGUAGCAAUCCUUGCAAUAAUAUCCAUAGCGCUUCAGGAAAACCAUCUUCAAUGGCAUCUCUACCAAGCAUGAUAAUUGCUGGAGCUGCACUGUACUUAGCACAUAACAAUAGGUAAUUAAAAC